AUGACGAUUCGGUGUAAUCGCGUGAUUUCGGCCGCCAUCUUCGUCGUUUUCGUCGUCACUUCGGUGAACUCGAAAAAUGUCCGGCAGUUACCUGCAGUUACAUCUAUGAACACCACGACAACUGUCAAGGUAUCCGAACCAGUCGACGACACCACAGCGAUGAAGCCCAUCAACGGAACGGCCAACAACUCCACAGCGACGUCGUCUGUUGAGGGGACGGCCGCCACACAGCCGGUGACAAUCGCCAACCCAGGAACAGGAACCGAAACCCAGACGGACGAAAAUGGAUUGUUGGUCGAUAAAAAUGUCAUCGUUCAUCCAAUACGCAAGCAUGACGGUGGUACGUGUCCGAGAGGGUACAGUGUAACGUCGAACGGAAAUUGUAAACCAACUUUUAAUGGCAAAUAA